AUGGGCUCCAUCGCACUCCCUUCCGUUGAGGAACUUCACCUCAAAGACACAUCUUUCGACAUACCUACGGCUCCAUACCCCAAAGUCAGCAAUUUACCUCUACCCACUUCAUCCGAAGAAAUACAAGGCAUAGUAGAGCAAUCCAUCACAGCACUUAACUCUACAUUUCAAUCUCGCGACUAUGCAGCCUUUCACAACCUCAUGGCCAAAACCUCUUACUGGCGCGACCAUCUCGGCUUCUCACCCACAAGAUUCUCAACACUAUACGGUGCAGACCAAGUCAUCUCUUUGAUAAACUCGGAAGGAAAAGCAAACGGAAACAAAUCCAACAUCACAUCCAUCUCCUUAACCAGUGCACCUGAACUCACCAAUCUCGAUCCAAGAGGAACAGUAAAAUGUAUCUUCUCAACCCUCUCCUUCACCACUACUCACGGAAUAGGUAAAGGUAUCGCCCGCUGGAUCAUCGACGUCGAAAGCCACAACCAAUGGCGCGUCUACACACUCUUCACCACCCUCACAGACCUCACCCAAACUCCCUUCCACACCGGCUUGUCCCGCCCCGAAAACGCAAAACCAGAGUCUGCACCUGAAGAAUUGAAUUGGUACGAAUGGCGAGAACGACAGCGUGAGUUUCUGGACGGGGAGGAUGACCAACCGACAGUGUUGAUUGUUGGAGCGGGGCAUAGUGGCUUGAUGACCGCGGCGAGACUGAAGAUGCUGGGUAUAAGGAGUUUGGUGGUUGAUAAGGGGGAGAGGACCGGUGAUUGUUGGAGGAAGAGGUAUCAUGAUUUGGUGAUGCAUGAUCCGUGUUGGAUGAAUGCGCUGCCGUACUUGAAGUAUCCUCCUUCGUGGCCGAUUUUGACGCCUAAAGAUAAAAUGGCGGAUUUCAUGGCGUAUUAUGAGACGGCACUGGAUUUGAAUGUUUGGAAUAGCACGCAAGUUGCGGAGUCGAGGUGGGAUCAGGUGAAAAAGCAGUGGACUGUAGUAUUAGAGCGAAACAAAGAUGGCAGGAUUUCGAGAAGAACAUUCUAUCCCCACCACAUAGUCCAAGCAACUGGUCUUAACGGUGAACCACAAAUUCCUUCCAUCCCAGGCAUGUCAACCUUCACAGGCACAACCCUCCACUCCAGUCAGUUCAACAACGCUUCCACCUUCGCCCACAAAAGAGUAAUCGUCAUUGGAUCCGGCACCUCCGGCCACGACAUAGCCCAAGGCCUCCACCGCCACGGCGCCUCCAUAACAAUCGUCCAACGCUCCCCCACAUUCGUACUCUCCCUCUCCUCCGUCCACAAGAUGGUUCGCAAAUCCUACAACGAAACCACCGACGUCGACGACGCAGACAUGAAAUUCUUCUCCCUCCCAACUGCACUGUUCAAACAUGUCGGAUCCGACGCCUCGUCUCUCCUGGCUCCGCUGAAUCAAGACUUGUGGGAUGGGUUGGAGAAGGUUGGAUUCAAGACGAUAUCUAGGCCGCAGGAAGAGGAACUGCCGAGUCUGCUCUCACUCACUAUCCAGCGCGCGGGGGGGUUUUACAUCGAUGUCGGCUGCUCGCCACUUAUUUCCUCUGGCGCUAUUCGCGUCAAAUCCUCACCUUCAAUCAGCCAUUUUACGCCUUCGGGGAUAGUAUUUCCGGACGGCGAGGAGGUCGAAGCUGAUGUUGUGGUUUUCGCGACGGGGUAUUCGAAUGGGAGGGUGAGGACUAGGAAGAUCUUUGGGGAUGAGGUUGCGGAUGCGAUUGAGCCUGUUUGGGGAUAUGAUGAGGAGGGAGAGGUGCGAGGGGUUUGGAAGAGGAGUGGACAAGAGGGGUUUUGGGUUGCGGCGGGGAGCUUUUUUGUGAGCAGGUAUUUCAGUAGGUUGCUUGCGUUGCAGAUUAAGAUGGUUGAGGAGGGCUUGGUUGGGUUGUGA